AUUUUCCAUUAAGUUAACUUCAUUUUUAUAGUUCCUUCAUAUUUGCUGAUCAUGGAUGAGUUAUAUGUAAAUCAUCCUUUUAAAAGUGUUUUAAAUAUUCAAAUUGUGCUUGCUUAGCACAGAAUGACUUGAAGGAUUGGAAAGACUGUGUUUGUAUCACUGGAGUCUGUAGUUUGAGGAGAGAUGAGUGAUAUCUGGGGGGAUCCAGGGAGACCCACCCUUCUGCCAAAGUUAAAUGAUACAUACCAGGACUUCUCUCAAAGGGAGAUAAAUGUGUUCAAAGAGGAUGUUGAUUUUAAUGGUGGUAACCAUGUUAAAAUGCCUGUAAUAUUACAAGGGGUCCAAGAUGACAUUCGGGUUUUACGUGAACAGAUAGCAAACAACAAAGGGGGGACAAUCAGUAUCUCAGACUUGGAGUCGGCCCUGGUGAAAACAGAGGAGGGAUUACAAGCUAAAACAGAACAGGUGAUAAGUCAGUACAACAACCAGGUGAGGACUUUACCCAACCAGGAAGCCAACCGAUUUGACAACAAUGUGGUCGCUAUUGAGACCACAUGGGACAUGCGAAGUCAGAAGAGUGCAGACCCCCGAAAGAUAUCUGCUCGUUUCUUGGGAAGAGAGAAGAUGCGGCAGCCACAAGCUUCCCGCAGUAAUGCUCUACUUCCAAAAAGACAGAGCGUCCAGAUGCCAGGGCCUACACCAGGUCAACAGGCCAAGCACAUGCUGACCUUGAGGGCUGUCCUUGACCCCCACAGUAACAUGAACAGACAGGCCCUGAAUGAUAACUUUGGGAUCCAGCUUCCUCUGAUUAACACCAAACAACACUCCCGACCUUCCUACAGCAAACCAAUCAUUGGUACUACCAUAGAACCACUGGCUGUACUCCCAAAAGCCAACAGAGUGGAUGCCCAGCUUGCACCACCUCCAAUCUCAGAGGAAGAUGCCAGAAAGGGGAUAAUGAGCUUGAUAGAGAGGGGUCUGAUUCCCCCAGCAGCUCAACUGACACUGGACCCCUCCCCCGUAAGAAACAGGAUCGCCCCCCUACAUGAGCCUCAGAUCAAACACAAACCCCCACAACCAGAGGCAGUGUCACUACUCUCUGGAGUCAAGCUUGACCCAGCUACCAUGAAAAACGAUGUCAGCAAAAUGCCAGCAGUACCACCUCACCCUAAGUCUGCCUCCAGUAGUAUCACAGAGACCCGAACACCGUCCGCUAAAACUCGGGUCACCUCGUCCUCAAUGCCUCAGGUUAAAACACCGGCAACACUGAAAACUUACGAGAUGCCAAUACAGCCUCUGGAUGCAUAUUAUGGGCCAGACCAAAAGGAGCCCCCACCCACUACCCCGGCCAGUGGGGACUUUAAACAGCUGUCCCACAGGUUUGCUAUCCAAAAUGGACGCACCAGAGAUAGCUCAUCAGAAUUCAUUGCAUUUAAGCAACACUACUGCCUUACAUGGGGAAGCAUUGUUACUAUGAUCAAACAUAUAGAGAAGAUGCUGAUAAGCUACACCAUUCCAGUGGCCUUUGUCAAUGGAGACAGGUUAGCUGACCUGGCUAUGGAGUUUGAGUUGGAGAAGCCGCCCAGUAUAGAUGAUAUGUUAAGUGUCAUCAUCAACAGGGAGGAUGUAGAAGCCUUGAUAGGGAGACCUGGUCGCAGAUUCAAGGGUCCUCGAGGGAAGGAUGUCGCUGCUACGAGGAUCCAGUCGUCCUGGAGAAUGUUCCGAGAUCGGUCCGAGUAUCUGGAUUACAGGAAGAGGAAGUGGGCCUCGGGUGUCAUAGCAAUAUCCUGGAUAAUGCAUGUCAAGAUGUCAAAGGUCAAGAUCAAACUUAAGGAGUCAAGAGAGGAACAUCUAGAAAACUUUAGAAGAAGAGCAAGGAAACUUGCCAUGUCCUGGGAUAGAAUUAAACAACACCGUAGGACUGUUAUACACAUUCCUUCAUUAGGCCUUUCUCAGGAUAUAAGAGACAGUAUUAACGAGUUUGGAAUCAGACAAAACACCCAGAUGGCUCGACUUUGUGAUAUCAGAGAUCCGAACGUGGAUGUGAUUUUUGUGUCCCCUGUGCCCCUGAGUGAGGAGACCUUACAGUAUUACUCUAAGCUCCUGGGACUGAAGUCUGCAGUGGAGUCAGGUGUUGUGGAGGAUCAGUGUGACAUGGGCGAGAAAUACAAAAUCAUCGUCCCAGAGGCCAUCAAAAGCUUCCCUGCCCACAGAAUGUGUUUGUCCUCCAUUCUGAAGUACAGCCCUCGGACACUGAAGCGUAUCCAACACUUGAUCAAGGGCUGUGAUGCUUACAUAGUGACCGGGGUACCACACAAGGAUGACCUGGCCAUUGCUGACUACCUGGAUGUCCCCAUCCUCUCCCCCGAGCCUGAGGUGGCACAUCUCUACUCCACAAAGUCAGGCUGUAAGAGGAUAUUUGCCAGUGCUAAUGUGGAGGUCCCACCUAGUGAAUUUGAUGUUUACAGUAUUGGUCAACUACAUGAGUGUCUAGCUCAGUUAGUGACAGAGAACUUGACAGUGAAGAGAUGGCUGUUUAAGCUGGAUGAUGGUUAUGAUGGGAGAGGGAUAGGAUACUGUGAUAUCGCUGAACACUUAGAGUGCUACCAGUGGGCUCUGAAGGAAUCACGGAGAUACGGAGAAAAGUGGAGUAAAAAGUGGGCUCAGGAAGCAGCUUACAUUAAGAUCCAUGCAGAAAUCCCUGAUGUGUUGGCUAAGCAUGCUAGACCUGUACAUUCAGAACUUUAUGAAGAUUGGUCCAAGUUCUUGGAUGCAUUCCUAAGUCAAGGAGGAGUAAUUGAGGCCACCCCUCCCUCAGACAGCAUCACUACUCUGACUGUAGACUUGUUGAUUGAACCCACGGGACGGGCCAAUGUCAUAUGUAUGGGGGAUCAGAUUCAUGCGGAGACCCCCUUCUCCUGCUGGGGGGUGUCUAUGCCCCAGUCCUCAGUGGAACCAGAUGUCCUCAAUGCUUCAUGCAAAAAAGUAGCAGAGGCCUGCAAGUCAAGAGGCAUCAUUGGUUAUCUGUCAGUCGAUUUUGUCACAUUUAUUGAUCCCAAAUCUAAUGAUCAGAAGUUAUGGGCCUUGGAUCUCAGUCUCCACUAUAGUGAUAGCUUAGCAAUGUUCCAGCUGAUGUCUUACGUCAGUAAUGGCAAACUAGACUUAAGUACUCAUACCUUCAAUGUACCGCCACCCAAACAAGAACAGAAGAAGCGACGUCGUAGAUUGGCAGGUCAGGAAGAUGAACAGCCACCCAACACGAGUCGAUACGCCGUGAUGAGCACGAGACUUCUCCACACAAAUCUGGCUGUGGUGCACUACAGUGUAUUCUUCCAGAUGUGCCGAGCACAUGGCAUUGGAUAUGAUAUCAAGGAAAAACAAGGCACAGUAUUUACCCUCUUAGAUAGUUUCAACAGAGAGAAUUUGGGAAUGCUAACACUUGGUGAUAAUUUACAAGGAGCACUUGCCACAUUUGCCAGAAAUAUGUCCAUCAUCCACCAAGAAAUAUCGGCACCCAACAUGCAGGGAGAGACUAAUUUCAAGCUUGCAAUCAAAGACAUUGAGAGCAUCCUAGGAACAACUGUAGAAAAUGCUGAAGAUUCUGAUGUAGCCUAAUUUAACAGUCAACUAAAACAGCCAAAAUGGUUUGCUGCUCUGAGGGACACUGCUCAAUAUUUCAUACUAGCAUUUAUAAGGAAAAUGUUUAACUAUAAACUGAACGAUGCAAUCAAGUCUGUUUCUGGUACAGACUUUGUAUAAAGUGUAUAUUAAUUAUUAUUCUAUAUGUGUGUAUGUAUAAUGUAUGUAAUACUUUUGUUGAAAUGGUCAACAGGAGAAACAGCUCACCUUUAUAAUUCUGUGAAUUGUGUAUGUUAUUCAUGAAUUGCAUACUGCAAAUGAAUACAAGAGCAAAUAAUUAUGAAUACAACUAUUUAUGAUAAAUAUGUGUACCUUAAAUAUAAUUUAUGCUGAAUUGUUGUCAGCCCUUUAUAACAUCCUUACUUGUGCUGCAAACACCAUGAAAUGAUACAAUCAUGGAAAUUAUUAAUACAGGUGUAUAUAAGUAUUUUAUUUUGUCCUACCUGUGUCCCUCUUUGAUCUUUCAAUCUGUCCAUCAUCUGGUGCUGUUAACUCUAGGUUUCUUGUAGGACAGAUGUUUUCUGUCAUGUCGAGAUUUUCCUGUUUUUAAUGCAUUUGAGGAAUUUUGUCUCUGUCUGGCCAUUGGUGUCAGGACAUAUUUCUAUGUUUUGUAAAUGUUGCAAUAACUUUUACUAAGUCUGUGAUAUUUUUGUUCAAUAUUUUGUUUUUAUGUGUUUGUCUUACAGAAAGUACAUGCAGGGUUCAACAAUUUAUUUCAACUUAUAAAUACUGCUGGCAUAAUUUUAAAAUGUAAUUAAUGAAUUUUACUGAGAAUUUAUGGCCUGAGAUGAUCUUAAAGUAUGUGAAAAAUAUUAGCAUUUAAUUUUUUUUAUACAUGUAUUGAUGCACAUAAAUUAUUGAAUUAUGUAAUAAUUAAGCACUGAUUUGAAACAAGAAUUUGAAUGAAGUUGAAAGCUUGUGUCCAAUUAUUGACUAUAUUGUUAAAUGUUUAUU